GAAGUGAACGCAGCACAAAUCCUCAGUGUAGACGAGUGUCAAUCAGACGGGAAUCCCUUCGAUCAGUUCCAUUUUACGAUUACAGAAGCACCGUAUUCUCUGGAAAGCCUUUCAGAUCUGCGACCAUGCCAGUUACUUUCGCUACACCACAACCGUACAACCUCUUCGAGCCUACACAUGACUUGAGACAUGAGGCUUCUAAUGAAGAUGAGGAUAUUGAUAUGCUGGACCCUUCAGCUGAGGCUGAAGGUGGUUUGUCCUUCGCCAAGAAGAUUGUCACCCCUGGAGAAAUCAUCACCGACGACCCACAAUUCAUGAGAGGUCACGGAACCUACCCAACCCCCUCUGCAAUCGUUGCCUCUGUAGCAGGAACCCUCCACCGCACCAACAAACUUCUCACAAUCUCCCCCCUCCACGCCCGCUACACCCCCCAAAUCGGUGACCUCAUCAUCGGCCGCGUCCGCGAAGUAGGACCCAAACGCUGGCGUGUCGAUAUCGGCGCCCGACAAGAUGCCGUACUCAUGUUGUCCGCAAUCAACUUGCCCGGAGGUGUACAGCGACGAAAGAACGCAACGGAUGAGCUACAGAUGAGGACAUUCUUCCAGGAGGGGGAUAUGGUUUCUUGUGAAGUGCAGACCACGUUCGCGGAUGGUGCGGCGAGUGUUCAUACCAGAUCGCUGAAGUACGGGAAGCUCCGGAACGGUAUCUUGGUCAAUAUCCCGCCAUCUCUCAUUACCCGGUCCAAGACCCACCACUACUCACUCCCGGAAAACGUCGAUGUUCUCCUUGGUGUUAACGGUUGGAUCUGGGUCUCGAAACACGUUCCUCCGCCCACCGCUGGAUCGGCGGCUUCGGAAGAGGUGUACUCAAACGUCAACGAGCAUAUCGACAUUCAGACGCGAAGUGCAAUUGCACGAGUUGCGAACUGCAUCCAAGCCCUGGCGAGAAGUGGAGUCAGAGUGGACGAGACUAUGAUCGUGUACGCAUAUGAAGCAAGUUUGGCAUGGGAGGAGCCCGGAGAACUCGUCAGUCUGGAGGUCGGAGAAUCUGUAGUCAGAGAAGCCGUGGUCCGCGCAAGAGGAGAGAGGUAA